UCGAUGGUACCAGCUGGCGAACAGUUCGGAAAAUGGAAAGGACAUAGUGUGGCCACCAAUGGUUAUUGUUAUGAACACAUUAUUGGAACAAGAGGAAGAUGAUAAGUUGAAGGGCAUGGGAAACCAAGAGCUCCUCAAUUAUUUUGGUGAAUAUGCAGCAACUAAAGCACGCCAUGCCUAUGGUCCAGGUGGGCACCGUGGGAUGAGUGUGUUAAUAUUUGAAAGCUCGGCUGUGGGCUGUAUGGAGGCGGAACGGCUGCAUAGGCACUUUGUUACUCAAGGUACAGGGAGGGAGGGAUGGCAAUUCCGCAAGGUUCGGUUCUUACCUGGUGGGAAGAGACAACUUUAUGGUUUCUUAGCAAACAAAGAGGAUAUGGAGACAUUUAACAAGAAUUCCCAAGGAAAAGGCCGUUUGAAGUACGAGAUGAGGUCUUACAAUGAGAUGGUGGUGAUACCAAUGAAACAGAUGAGCGAAGACAACCAACAACUGAAUUAUCUGAAGAACAAGAUGGUUAAGACAGAGCAACGCUCUAAAGCAGUUGAAGAAACCUUGGGUGUUGUUACCCAGAGGCUUCGUGAGACUAUGGAAGAGAUGAUAUUUGUCAGGGAUAAAGCCAAAGAGAAGCACUCGGAGUAUAAGCAAGAGAUGAAGUACCAGGAGGAAUUUUUCCAUAAUCAAAUUGAGAUUAUCUACAAGGCCAGAGAAGAUGAAGAAAAGGAGUUUGAGAAGUUGCUGCAGGAGGAGCGCUCAAAGGCUAGACGGUUUGAUGUUGACUCUGGAACUACCGAAGUUCGCAAACUUAGGAAGGAACAUGUGCAGAAGUUCAUCGAUGGCCAGGUGAAGGGCGUGGCGGAGUUUGAGGCCGAGCGGGACGAGCUGAUCAAAACCCACGAGGAGAAGAAGAUGAAGCUCAAGAAAGAGUACAUGGAGAAGGAGGUGGAGCUAGAGAAGGAGCUGGACGCCGCCCUGACGGGCCUGAUCGACAAGCACAAGCCGGACACCUUCCAGGCCUCAAACGCGUGAAGGGCUUCAGGCUUUACCUUAGGUCCCCAGCUUGGAACAACCUUGUAGAUGCUCCUCCUGUUGUCCUCCUUAUGCCUAAAAGAAUGCCUAGACAUUCUGUAGACUGUAGAUGAUGCUAAAAAGCAUGGCCCGGGUGGCGGUCGCGUGCGUGAUCCGGAGGCCUGAACUUGCACCGUGCUUCAUGGUCGCCGUAUACUGUAGUAUCUCUAUCGGAGCGAGUACCGGGCUUUGCUUGUGAUGGUAAUUAACCAAAAGGCUUCAUGGUCGCCGUAUACUUUAGUAUCUCUAUCGGAGAGAGUACUGGGCUUUGCCUGUGAUGGUAAUUAACCAAA